GUGGGCCGCGGCGCGGGCGGGACGGAGCCGGCAGCUAGCAGCAAGCGCGUGAGGCCCCGGAGUCCGCGAGACAGGCCUUGCGGCGCGUGGCGGGGGCAUCUCCAUAGUGACAGUGACAGCACAGAGGGGAGGAGGGAGCGCGCGGCGCGGCCAGGCCGCGGGGGGAAGGGGGAGCCAGCGGGGGCCGGGCCCGCUCUGCGCCGGGGGGCCGGAUCCCAGCAUGGCCUCGGGCGGGGGAGGCGGUGGCAGUGGAGGGGGGAAGAUCCGGACCCGGCGGUACCACCUGGGCGCCUCGAAGCCCUACCCGAGAAACAAGCAGCAGGGAAUCAUUAGCAGAGUUACAGAAUCAGUGAAGAAUAUUGUACCAGGAUGGUUGCAAAGGUACUUCAAUAAAAAUGAAGAUGAAUGUGUAGAUGCAAGCGAACCUACAAGCCAGCAGGAAACUCCAGUAAACUACCAUCACGGUUAUGCAGAUGAUGAUACCCCAGUGUUUGAUGGGAGGGUCACUCCUGAGUCAACAAGAAUUAAUUUAGAAGAACCGUCCACAAGUAGAUCUGCAUUAAACUUCUCAGAUGUAUUAACAAGACCCUCUCUUCAUCGGAGUCAUUUGAAUUGCACCAUGUUGGAUUCUCCGUCACCACAUUGUGAGCCCUCCACAUCCUCUGCAUUUGCAAUUGGCAGUUCUGGACUCUCCCUUGUAAAAGAAAUCAAAGAUUCUACCUCUCAGCAUGAUGAUGAUAACAUCUCAACUACUAGUGGCUUCUCCUCUAGAGCAUCUGAUAAAGAUAUCGCAGUUUCAAAAAAUACAUCCGUACCACCUCUCUGGUCCACAGAGACUGAACGAUCUCAUUCUCUCACACAACAUUCUGCUACCAGCUCUAAAAAACCUGCAUUCAACUUAUCUGCUUUUGGAGCCUUAUCCCCUUCACUUGGUAAUGCUUCUGUCCUUAAGACAAGCCAGCUUGGGGAUUCUCCAUUUUACCCUGGAAAAACCACUUAUGGUGGUGCAGCUGCAGCAGCAAGGCAAUCUAAAAUACGAAUUACUCCUUAUCAGACACCAGUCAGAAGACAAAUGAAAGCUAAGCAAGCAAAUGUGCAAUCCUAUGGAGUGACAAGUUCCACAGCGCGGCGCAUCUUGCAGUCUCUGGAGAAGAUGUCAAGUCCUUUAGCAGAUGCUAAAAGGAUUCCAUCUUCUGUUGCUUCUCCACUGUCUUCUCCUGUGGACAGGAACAUGCUGGAUAUUACUCGCUUCCAUUUAAAGAGAAAACAGGUGGAAUCCCAGCACCCUCCAGUCCAGAAAUUAGUGACACCGAAGACAAUUUCUCAGUCAAUGAGCCGGUUACAGUAUUUUAAACCAUCUCUGACUCCAGCUGCUGAGUCAGGCAAGAUUAGACAGAGAGUAGAUGUAAAGCACAAAGGAGUGAGGGAGAAGAAUUUGACUGCAGAACAGCAAGUAGAGCCAACUGAAAGCAAUUUCACAUACCCCAAAUUCAGUACACCUGCAUCCAAUGGAUUAUAUUCUGGAGUGGGAGGUGGUGGAGGUGGCAAGAUGAGAAAGGAAAGAGGAGUACACUAUGUAUCUCAACCAGGACAAGAAAAACAGGAGGUGGAGGCACCAGUACUACCCAAAAUACCCUUACCAAUUAAUACUACAUCACUGCCUAACUUCAGCUUUGGCUCCCUCGCCAGUACUGCUACUGUGUCGUCAUCACCAAUCACUAAUACACAACCGGUGAUUAACAAGAUGCAACCAGCAAGUAAUGCUAGCAGUCCUGUGUUCAGAUUUUCAUCUCCAAUUGUAAAAUCUACUGAGGCAGAAGUGCUACCUCCACUGUCUAUUGGGUUUACGUUUAGUGUUCCUGUUGUGAAAUCAACACAAGCUUCUGGAUCCAGUGAUACUCCAGUGCCACUUCUGAUUAGCCCAGGUACCACUGCUGUAAAUAGCACCAGCAAUAAGAAGAAAGAAAAGGAAGAAUACGAUGGCGCCUUCAAGCCUGCAAAAGUCUUGAAAGAAGGGAGUGUACUGGAUCUUCUAAAAAGCCCUGACUUUACUUCUCUGAAGACACACCCCCCUACAGCCACACAGCCUGUUUCAAUAAGCACAGAAGUUUAUACACGGCCUGCAAUAAGUAAUUUUUCUGCAGGUUCAUUGGGAUUUAAAGAGACCUCUAAACAAGCUUCAUCAUAUUGGCGCUGUGACACAUGUCUCUUACAAAACAAGGCAACAGACAACAAGUGCAUAACCUGUCAAGCUGCUAAAGUGCCGACAGCAGAUCCUGCUAAACAGACUGGAACGUUGACUCUAAGCAGCACUGUUAAAUCAACUGCUCCUGCAACAGGAACACUGGGCUUCGGAGACAAAUUUAAAUUAGCAGCAGGAACAUGGGAUUGUGAUACAUGUCUAGUCCAGAAUAAACCUGAAGCUACAAAAUGUGUGGCCUGUGAGACACCAAAGCCUGGAACUGGAGUAAAGCCUGCUCUGACAUUGCCAGUGGUCACAGAAAAUACAAUAACAGUGACUUCCUCUCCUAGCUGCACUGAAACUACAGUCACUUUGGGGUUUGGAGACAAAUUCAAAAAACCGAAGGGUUCUUGGGACUGUACAGUGUGCCUUGUGUCAAAUAAGGCGGAAGACAGUAAAUGUGUAGCUUGUCAGUGUGAGAGACCAGGGGGUUCAGUGCCUGUGACUAGUAGCAGCACAUCCUCUUUCUCUGCUCCUUCUGGAGGAUUUCUGGGAUUAGACAAAUUCAAGAAACCUGAGGGAAGCUGGGACUGUGAAACAUGCUUGGUACAAAACAAAGCAGAGGCCACAAAGUGCAUAGCUUGUGAGAAUGCAAAACCAGGCACCAAACCUGAGCUCAAAGGUUUUGGAACUGCUGCUGUGUCCUCAGAUGCUGCUGCACCAUCAUUUAAAUUUGGUAUUCAGUCAUCAUCCUCUGAGUCAUCUCAGACAUUAGGAAGCACAGAAAGUUUCAAAUUUGGAGAACAAGGGGGUUUGAAGUUUGGUAUUACAUCAGAGUCGGGAUCUGUAACAAACAUGACUGGGGGCUUCAGUUUCUUUAAAACUUCAGAGGACUUCAAAUUUGGAGUCUCUUCCUCAGACUCUAAAUCAGAGGAGAGUAAAAAAGACAGUAAGAAUAACAGUUUUAACUUUGGACUUCCCUCUGGUACAAGCAAUCCAUCUACUUCAGCAUUUCAGUUUGGGACACCCAGUCUUGGACAGCAGGAAAAGAAAGAGGAACCUGUUUUAGGGGGUUUGAGUUUUGGCACAAGUUCUACUGCUUCCAUAGCUACAUCGGAGAAUAAAACAGGAGUGAGUGGAUUCAGUUUUGGAACGGUGGCAGAAAAGGAAGUUGCAGCAACUCCCUUUUUAUUUAAAAAGUCAGAGGAGAAAAAAGAUGAAACUCCUUCAGCCAAGGGAGGCUUCACUUUUGGCAGCUUGGAGCCUGCAUCUGCCUCACAGUUUGUCUUGGGAAGGACAGAGGAGAAACAGGACGCUGUUACCUCUGCUACUUCAUUAGUGUUCAGGAAGACAGUUGACAAUGAGGAGCCAAAGGCGCAACCCAUCUUUUCAUUUGGGAAGUCUGAGCAGACCAAAGAAGAGAGCACAGCAAAACCCCCAUUCAGUUUCAACUUAACAAAACCGGAAGAGAAGGAAACAGAGCAAACAAAGCCAACUUUUACAUUUGGGGCACAAACCAACACUGCAGAUCAAGGGGCAGCAAAGCCAGCCUUUGGUUUCUUGAGCUCCGGUUCCUCCAGCACAGCCAUACCAAGCACUUCAGCUAACAGCACUAUUGUGUUUGGCAGCUCCUCCUCUGCCUCAAAUCCUCCGCCAGUUGCCGCUGCCUUUUUGUUUGGACAGGCCAGCAACACUGUGAGCAGUUCUGCAUUUGGCAAUGCUUCCGAAUCCAAUGCCCCGCAGUCAUUUGGGUUCUCUCAAGAAAACAAACCAGCAACCACAUCCUCCAGCACAGGUGCAGCUGUUGGUUCAUUUCUCUUUGGUUCAGGAACAGGCAGUAACAAUACUGCAACCCCUGGUUUCAACUUUGGGGCCACAACCACAUCAAGUUCUACAGGUUCUUCCUCUUCAUUUGUGUUUGGCUCUGGGUCUUCAGCACCUGCUGCUGGUCCCAGCCAGACACCAGCAUUUGGUGCCAGCCAGAUGCCAACAUUUGGUCAAAGUCAAGGUGCCAGCCAGCCAAAUGCUCCAACUUUUGGAUCAUUAUCAUCAACGUCAUUGUUUUCAGCUGGCUCUCAGCCUGCACCUCCAGCCUUUGGGUCUGUGUCAAGCAGUAGUCAGCCUCCUGUGUUUGGACAGCAGGCAAGCCAACAGCCUGGCUUUGGCUCCGGUACAACACCUAAUUCCGGUGCUGUAUUCCAGUUCGGACGUAGUGAUACUAAUUUCAGCUUCACAAGUAAUAGCCCAGGAGUAUUUACUUUUGGUGGAAAUCCGGGUGCACCAGCGCCACCAACCCAGCCUUCUAGCUCUUCAGGAUUUCCAUUUAACCCGACUCCAGCAUUUACAAUGGGGUCUAACGGGAAAAAUAUUUUCUCUGCUUCUGGAUCUUCAGUUUCUGGGCGGAAGAUAAAGACUGCAGUUAGACGUAGAAAAUAAUUGUCUGUGGUUGUUAGACAGCAACUUUCACAACAGCUGGUGCCCUGCACUUAUUGGAUUGUACCUCAUGCUGGGUUUAGCUGAAGUCAGAUCUGCCUAAAGACAUUCAAAACUCUGCUCUUUUUCCCCAUUUAGUUUUCUUUGGUAAGAGGUAGAGUUGGCAACAGGAAGGUUCUCAAGCAAAACUAUAUUUUAGAAUCCAGCAAUUUCUUUAUUCAGACUUGGCAUGGUCUGGCUAUAGACAUGAAUAUAGCCUGCACAGCAAAUAGCUUUGUAUAAUACCUCUUCAUCUGCACCACUAUGUGCGCUCAUUUGCGUUUACUGACGCCUCAAAAUUGUAAUUAUAUCAGUGAAAGGAUUCUGUAUAGAGUAGAGAAUGUUGAUAAUGAAUGAUUUCUAUGCUGAGUUUGUGCUGGUGUAUGUGUGAAGUGAGUGAGUUGGGUGUAUUGUGCACUAAAAUUUUCUGAUAGAGGAAAACUGAUUAAAGGAUGGUCCCUGCUAAGGACUUGUUAGAUCUGUAGUUCUCCAUUUAAUAAUUAUAUGCUAUUUCUAUAUUUUCAUUCUUACAGCUCUUUAUCACCUGUCUCGCCUUUUUGUUAUUUUAUUAUGAAAAAGUGUAAAUACAAUUUUGUUUCUCUCUUUUGGCAUAACAAAUCUGUGAACUUGAAAUUUUAAUUUUGUGUUAUGGCAAUUUUUGUUUAGUAUUGUCUCAGAUUUUAUUAUGUAAAUCCCAUUAUUCAAAGUUGCCUAAAUCCAUUUGGAAAAUCUUUAAAUAAAAUUGGGAAUUCUUAAAGUGAGUUUAUUGGCUUUUCUGAUCCAUUUUUGUUUGGACCAAAAACCAGUAUUGUACAAAGUAUUAAGUAUAUAUUUUUAUAUUUACAGAAAUGGACUGUGGUGACUUUGGAUAAUAAGGAAAAAGUUUAAUAUUAAAGCCAUGUUUAUUACAGUAUAAUUAACAUGUUAAACCAUGGGAUAAAUGCCAUCAAUAAAAAUUAUGAAAUAUUGUUUGUUGUAGUUUUAACUUGCAAUGAAACCUAUCUGUAAGAUUAAGCAUUGUGUCCAUCAGAAUAGAGGUCAGACCUCCCUGCAACAUUUCUGCUUUCAACAGAAAUACUGAGAUUGGUAUAAAUGGUGUGCUCUGUGAUUUAAUGGCUCCUCUAAACGAGGGGAUGUCCAAACUUCUCAACCCUGAGGGGCUGUAACUGGCUACUUACUUGGAGCCUGAGGGCUGCACCUAACUUGCAUAUACAUUUACAUACUUUUAAAAAUCAAAAUAAAUGCACAUAACCAUUAUA